AUGAAUUCUAAUAAUAACUACACUAGCAAAAAAAAUGCAUUUUUAACUCGAAUAGGUGUUGACUUUGGCUACAACGAGGCAAAGGAAUGUUCAACCACAAACAAUACUAAAACAGAUAAUAAACAAGAUGGUUGUAAUCAAAUUCUGGAAUUAAAAAUUGAAUACUCAGACCUAUCAAAAAUAAACAGUCUUAAGCUUGACAGCAUAUACAGCCUAAAUUUUAAAAACUUUACUGAGGAACUUUAUAAAGCAUUGAUAAAAGAGUGCAACUAUAACUUAUUGAAUUUAAGUACGUUAAACACAUCAUUAGACAUUGAGUCCUUGACGAGUGUCAGUAAUCGAACGAUGAAAGCUAUAAAAGAUCAAAAAAUAUUUUCGAUAUUAGGAUAUUUUCCAACAAUUUCUGUAGAACUGAAAAACCGUGGUUGGGUGGAAAAACGAGAUCCGUACAGACCACCAAUCAAUUAUUUGCAAUAUCUAAAAUCAUCACCAUAUAUGGUUAAUUGGGUCGAAUCGCCCCCACUGAUAUCGCCAAUGAAUGAAUACGAAGGUGCCAUUGAGCGUCUGAAAAGUUUGCAAUCGUGGAGUAUUCUUAAAAAUAAAAGAUCUGAUUUUAUUUUCGUCACAAGAAAACGGUUGAUUAAUUGGUCCAGUUUAAGUAAAUUGACAUGUGUCAGCCAAAUGACAAGACACAUAUUUUGUACCAAAAAUGGUUUGGCACAAUGUUUGGAAUCUUACAAAAAUGCUGAAACAAAUUUGAUGUUUCCGAGAUGUCAUUAUAUUCGAACUGAAGCAGACUGUGAUGCAUUUGUGGAAGAUUACAUUACAACAGCGUUAGUAAGCACAUUGAAAAUUAUUGUAAAAGCGAUUGAGAAUAAUAAAAAUAUGUUCACUGCAGAUGGCAAUAUACCAUACAAACUGAUUGGUUUUGUGAAACGAUGUGUACUAAAAUUUCUGAAUAACCAAAUAGCUGGCAAUACUGAAACAGAUAUAUGGAAAUUUAAGAGUCAACAAGAAGUAUGGAAUGAAUUUAUGAUUCAUUACAAAAAAUUGAUCAUCGACAGUAAUGCCAAAUUUAAUCAAGAAUAUAAAUAUGAAUUAGAAUUGGAUGUAUAUGCGAAAUGUAAAUAUUUACUCGAAGAAGUGAAAACAUAUUGUCCCCAACACUACAUAGACGGGAUUACCAAUACAUGGAUCAUAAAACCCACGUCAAACUGUUCUGGUCAUGGCAUCAUGUUGUCCAGAGACUUACAGACAAUAAAACAAAAAAUCCCCAAAUCAGAUGUUUUGAGAAAUAAUUAUAUUUUACAGAAAUAUAUAGAGAGACCCCUUUUGGUUUAUACAUGUAAAAUUGAUUUGCGACAAUGGUUUUUAGUGACCAAUAUGAAUCCAGUAGUUGUGUGGAUGUAUAAAGAGGGUUACGUCCGAUUUUGUACUAACAGUUUCUCCAUGGGAAACAUGCAUGAAUCCAUUCAUCUCAGCAAUGUAAGACUGCAAAUUAGGUAUCGAAAAAUUAGGAAUUCACAAGUACCUGCAGAGUGCAUGUGGGAUUACAGAGAACUACAAAACCAUUUGAGAAAUAUUGGACAAGAAUACGUAUGGGAUGAAUUAAUUUUUCCCGGGAUGAGCGAAAGUAUUUACGCUGUUUUACAAGCUGCAACCGACACUUCGUUUUACCGGGACAAUACUUUUCAGUUGUAUGGAGCCGAUUUCUUGAUCGCAGAUAACUUUAUCCCAUAUUUGAUUGAGAUCAAUUCCAUUCCCGGACUGAAUCCAUCUACGAGCGUAAUUGCAAAUUUGGUGCCUAUGCUCCUAGGUGACAUUAUAAAAGUGACGGUGGACUACAAGAAAAAUUUGAACGCCGACACAGGACUGUUUGUAAAGGUUGUGCCGGAAAAGUGGAAACCAACCUCAGCGGUGGACAGCGGUAAUCCAUUCAAUUCGUCGGCGGCCGGGAUUGCCAACCAGACACCGUUCACGUUUGACUACCACCGCCGGUUGGUGCCACUACGGCUACAUAGGUAA